AUGGAAAUUGUUUUAUCUGCAGAUGAAGAGCAAAGUAAAACAGUAAUUUCAAAUAUUACAAUUACAGAGUUUAUUCUCUUAGGAUUUUCGGAUGUCCCCCAUCUCCAGUGGAUGCUUUUUGGGAUAUUUUUGCUCAUGUAUUUGACUAUUCUGAUGUGCAACAGCACUAUAAUGCUAAUAACAAGAACAGACCCUGCUCUGCAGAUCCCUAUGUAUUUUUUUCUUAACAACUUCUCUUUUGUGGAAAUCUGCUACGUAACAGUCACCAUCCCGAGGAUGCUCAUGGAUCUUUGUACACAGAAAGGCACUAUUCCAUUGCUUUCCUGUGCUUUACAACUCUGUCUUGUCAUCAUGUUUGGAGGAAUGGAGUGCCUCCUACUUACAGUCAUGGCCUAUGACCGUUAUGUGGCCAUUUGUAAUCCUCUGAACUAUCCACUAAUCAUGAACAGUAAGUUCUCUGUGCAGCUUGUGGCUGCUUGCUGGAUCAGUAUCAUUCCAGUUGUGACUGGGCAGACUUAUCAAAUUUUCUCUUUGCCUUAUUGUGGAUCUAACAAAAUUAAUCACUAUUUUUGUGACAUCCCUCCUAUACUUAAACUUGCUUGUGGAGACACAUUUGUGAAUAAUUUAGCAAUCUAUGUUGCUUCAGUGGUGUUUAUCAUGGUUCCAUUUCUCUUGAUCCUUGUCUCCUAUGGCAAGAUUAUCUGCAAUAUUCUAAAACUCUCAUCAGCUGAAGGAAGGUCUAAAGCCUUCUCCACCUGCUCAUCUCAUCUUAUAGUUGUGGUUUUAUUCUAUGGUACAGCUAUGAUAACAUAUGCACAACCAAAAUCAAAUUGAUCAGAAAGCAUGGGAAAGUUGCUCUCUCUAUUUUAUACCAUUUUUAUCCCACUGUUGAAUCCCAUCAUAUAUACAUUGAGAAAUAAGGACAUCAUGGUAGCACUGAGAAAAUUACAAGAUAAGUUAUCAACAUAUGGGAGCUCUUAA